UCUGUAAGCACCAUGUCUGGAAGAGGUAAAGGAGGAAAAGGACUUGGGAAAGGAGGCGCUAAGCGUCACCGCAAAGUGUUGCGUGAUAACAUCCAGGGAAUCACCAAACCCGCCAUCCGUCGUCUCGCUCGCCGCGGCGGUGUCAAGCGUAUCUCCGGUCUGAUCUACGAGGAGACUCGCGGUGUGUUGAAGGUGUUUCUGGAGAACGUGAUCCGUGAUGCCGUCACCUACACCGAGCACGCCAAGAGAAAGACCGUCACUGCCAUGGACGUUGUGUACGCGCUGAAACGACAGGGACGAACUCUGUACGGCUUCGGAGGAUAAACGUCUUUAUUCUCAUCAGAUAAACCCAACGGCUCUUUUAAGAGCCACACACACUCUCAUAAGAAGAGUUAAUGUCUUUUGUGGUGUAGUUCUGUUUAUAUACACGCAUUGAACAUCAAUAUUAUUCAUGUUCUCCAAAAAGUAUUUGUGUAUGCGCGCACUCGUUUAAUGAAUGUAUCACGGUUCAUGAAUAAAAGGAAAUUGUC